AGUCCAGCCCCAAUUUUGUCCACUCCACACUCCGCCUUCGAGAACCACAAAUCCCUGCUACUUUCUAUAUCCGUACUCAUCUUCACCGGCGACGGCCAUCGGGCCGGAGAAAUGAAUAUUCCGGCCACGGAUUCGUCCACAUCCGCGCGCACUCUUCGAAUCUCCGAUCAUCGCCGUCAUGUAUUUCACGAAAAGCUCUGAUUCAAAAUCCAAAUUUCUCGUUCGCUUAGUCACGAAGUUAUCCGCGCCAGUUCCAUGGAAAUCCGGGGAAAGAUGAAGAUCCAACCCAUCAAUAUUGAUCCUCCAACUGGAAGAGUAGCCAUUCGUACUGAUCCCGGCAAACCGGUGCUAAAAUCGCGUCUGAGAAAGCUCUUUGAUCGGCCAUUUCCGAAUGUUCUAAAGAAUUCUUCAGCCGAAAAGCCCAUCGCGGCUGGGGAGGCCGCCGCCGCCGCCGCACAGUUCAUCAACAAAGAUGGAGUGGCUGAGUUCGAGCCGAGCUCCAUUUGCUUGGCUAAAAUGGUGCAGAGUUUUAUAGAGGAGAGCAACGAGAAGCAGUCGUCAGUGGCCGCAGUUGUAAAAAAUGGUCGCAACCGCUGCAAUUGCUUCAACGGGAACAAUAAUGACAGUUCCGACGACGAGUCCGAUGAAUUAGGCGGUGGUUUUGGUGAAUCUGUAACCAUCGGAUCAUCUGGUGCCGAUGUUCCCGACUUACUCAAGAGUCUGAUUCUUUGCGCCAGUGUAACGGAGAGAAACCUCUUAGCUGACACCGCAAAGAUCGUUGAGAAGAACAACAAAAUUCAAAAAAGGAAGGAUGAUCUGAGAAAAAUUGUAACGGAUGGUCUUUCAUCCCUCGGCUACGAUUCUUCAAUCUGUAAAUCAAAAUGGGACAAAUCUCCUUCUUUUCCUGCAGGGGAAUAUGAAUACAUCGAUGUGAUGUUCGAGGGCGAGAGAUUCCUGAUAGACAUAGAUUUCAGAUCUGAGUUUGAAAUCGCUCGAUCGACCGGAAUGUACAAGGCGAUCCUCCAAUUGCUCCCGAAUAUUUUCGUCGGCAAACCAGAUCGGCUCGGUCAAAUCGUCUCGAUCGUAUCUGAGGCCGCGAGACAGAGCCUGAAGAAGAAGGGGAUGCACUUCCCGCCCUGGAGAAAAGCCGAAUACAUGAGAGCCAAAUGGCUUUCCGCUCACAUCAGAUCCAAACCUCCAAAUCCAUCCCUGAAAGAGAUCAAAAUCACGGACAAGAAUCAAAUCGAUGACGAACAAUCGCCGACGGAGACAGAUUGCGGAGAAUUCGAAUUGAUUUUCGGCGACGAAACCACGACCACCACAUCACCGGAGUCCGAUUCAAUCGAUUCAUCUCCUCCGCUGCAGAAAUCUUCGAAUACCAUCAUUAAGGCGGCGGCGGCGGUGACAGCGACGACCUGGCAACCUCCGGCGAUCAAACCGAAGAGUCUCGAUAGAGGAGCGAAGAUCGUAACCGGAUUGGCAUCAAUCCUCAAAGAGAAUCCGUAAAAAAUAAUAAUAAUAAUAAAUAAAGAAAAAAGUUUUGGGUACUGAAAAUCUCAAUAUCGUAAACAAAAGUAAAAAUAGAUAAUUUAGGGGGUAAAUAGGUAAAUAUAAGGAAACGUAUGUGCUUUUGUUUAAUCGAGGGAAGAAAAAAAAAAGAAAAGGAAAAUCCUUCAGUUUUUGGUUGCAAGGGUAUUCUACUCUGUAAUGGGCAGCAAAGUUGCUUACCCAAUCGUCUGUGUAAAAAAUAAAAGAAAAAUAUUAUCGAAUUUUGCAAUAGUAAUUUUUAUGUUUUUUA